GAUCAAAGCCAAGGAGAAGAGGACUGCGCGGGGACGAGCAUCGCGCAGGCUGCCGGGAAACCCUCCCGUGUAACAUUGUCAUCAUCAUCAUCAUCAUCAGCAGCAUCUGCAGGACCGGACCUACAGGUUCUUCUUGGCUCCUCACCUGUCCACCGCGGACCAUGGACCCGGCGCCGCGGAGACCCCUAGGAGGACCGUGACUUGCGCCCCACACCCAGACCCGCUACCUUCACGCCUGACCGCUGGACCCCCAUCAUGACAGGACAGAGUCUGGAGGAGCUCAACACACCUCACUUCGAGGACAAUGCCAUACGCAUCAAUGUGGGCGGGUUCAAGAAAAGGCUCCUGUCCAACAUGCUGUCUCGCUUCCCCGAGACCAGGCUGGCCCGGCUGCUCCGGUGCCGCUCCAAGGAGUCCAUCCUGGAGCUGUGCGACGACUACGACGACAAGGAGAAGGAGUUCUACUUCGACAGGAACCCGGCGCUCUUCCCGUACGUCCUCAACUUCUACAACACGGGUCGGCUGCACGUCAUGGCCGAGCUGUGCAUCUUCUCCUUUAGCCAAGAGAUCGAGUACUGGGGCAUCAACGAGUUCUUCAUCGACUCCUGCUGCAGCAACGCGUACCACUGCCGGAAGAUAGAGCCCGGCCGCGACGACUGGGAGGACAAGAGCGAGGAGGGGAGCACGCACUCCUCCUUCGACGAGAUCUUGGACUUCUACAACGACGCCACCAAGUUCGACAAGCAGCCGCUGGGAAGCGUGAGGCGCAGGGUCUGGCUGAUGCUUGACAACCCCGGAUACUCCGUCCCCAGCCGGAUCAUCAGCGUGUUCUCCAUACUGGUGGUGCUGGGCUCCAUCGCCACCAUGUGCAUGAACAGCAUGGACGAGUUCAUGCUCCCGGACGGCGAGGGGCAGCCGCAGGAGGAUCCACGCUUCGAGACCGUGGAGCACUUUGGCAUCGGGUGGUUCACCUUCGAACUGGUAGCCAGGUUCGCGGUGGCGCCCGACCUGCUGCGCUUCUUUGAGCACCCAUUGAACAUCAUCGACCUUGUGUCCAUCCUGCCCUUCUACCUUACUCUGGUCAUCAACCUGGUGGCUGAGAGCAGCCCGGGUUUGGCCAACCUGGGACGCGUGGCCCAGGUGCUAAGGCUGAUGAGGAUCUUUCGCAUCCUCAAACUGGCACGCCACUCGACGGGACUCCGCUCUCUGGGGGCCACUCUCAAGAACAGCUACAAGGAGGUAGGCCUUCUGCUGCUCUACCUAGCUGUGGGGGUCUCCUUCUUCUCCGUCAUAGCCUACACUGUGGAGAAAGAGGACAACGAGGACCUGAACACCAUACCAGCCUGCUGGUGGUGGGCAACCGUGAGCAUGACCACCGUGGGCUAUGGAGACGUGGUCCCGGGGUCCAUAGCGGGGAAGCUCACGGCAUCGGCCUGCAUCCUGGCCGGCAUCCUGGUGGUCGUGCUUCCCAUCACCCUAAUUUUUAACAAGUUCUCGCUGUUCUACAAAAGACAGAAGCAACUGGAGAUCGCGAUGAGGAGCUGCGACUUCGACGGAGGCAUAAAGGAGGUCCCGUCCGUCAACCUGCGGAACUAUUACGCGCACAAGGUGAAGUCUUUGAUGGCCAGCUUGUCCAACAUGAGUCGGAGUUCUCCCAGCGAACACAGUCUCAGCGAGUCCAUAAACUGAAGACUACACUCCACUGGGGAUCAUGAAAACCUCUCCAGGGUCUGGAUUACAUCACUAUGCCUAUAACUGGGGAAAAAAGUUACCGUCGACUCUAUGUGCUGUUGCAUGAAGACGUGUGUGUUUUGGAGUUGGCAGCCGAAUAACACCAUAUUUUCAAUGUAGCCCCGCCCUGUGGCGUCGCCUCGUCCUCCCGGUGUGUCCGUAACGUACCUCCUCACUUUGUGGAUUUUACAAGGAAAAGCCGGACACACAGACACAUCGUCCUGGACGCCGCAGUGCGCAAGUCGGUUGUUGCCUAGAACUUUGGAGAUGGUCGAAGCAGGCGCGGGUGAUGCCGAGUUAGAUGGCCUGUUUCCCAGCUGUUGCCGUACCACAUUUGUGCUUUACAUACAGGGUAUUUCUGUGACAUCAGCCACUGUGUGUCCAAAACAUGUAUCUUCCAUGAAUGACCACUGUACUGACACAUGUAUGAUGUAAAAUACCUACUUAA